AUGAUUUCCUCAAGCUUCUCUCGUUCCCAGAAACUCGUUUUCAGUGCAGAUGAUAUCAAGGGAUGGAGAUUUUUGUCCACUGUAGGAGAAAACGAAACUUCUUUUAUUUACGUGAUAAAUACGACAAACGUUUGUGUUGGCUCUAUAUGUUCCGGAGAAUGUGAUUUGACAAUCAUUCCAGAGGAAGAUUUAUCUCAUUUGCAAAAUGGAACAAUAAAAUGCAAGAACCGUUUACAACUGAAACAGUGUAGGAUGAAUGGCAUUAAUACUAGAAUUUCUUUCAGUGUCAAAAAAUCAUGUAGACAUCAUUCUAUUUACACCCAAUUAUUUGUAAAAGACAAUAAAGAUAAUAUUUGUGGUGAUGAUACACCGACUUGUUAUAAAGAGUUUUCUUUUACAUCAAGUACGUCACAGAAUCCUAAAGACAAUGAAACAGAUAAUAUGACCACAGUAGACCCCAAUAGUAACCCUGUCUCUUCAUCCAAUAAGACUACGGUGUACCCUAGGAAUGAUCCUGUCUCUACAUCCAAUAUCACCACAGUAGACAUAAGGACUUAUUCUGUUUCUUCAUCAAAUAUGACCACAGUGGACCCCGGGAGUUAUUCUUUCUCUACAUCCAAUAUGACCACAGUGGACCCCGGGCGUUAUUCUGUCUCUACAUCAAAUAUGACCACAGUGGACCCCGGGCGUUAUUCUGUCUCUACAUCCAAUAUGACCACAGUGGACCCCGGGCGUUAUUCUGUCUCUACAUCAAAUAUGACCACAGUUGACAUAGGGACUUAUUCUGUCUCUUCAUCAAAUAUGACCACAGUGGACCCCGGGCGUUAUUCUGUCUCUACAUCCAAUAUGACCACAGUGGACCCCUUGAGUUAUACUGUCUCUAAAAACAAUAUGACUACUAUGGGCAGUGGGAGUUCUCUAGCAUCCAUUAUGACAACUCAUUGGAACACUCUGUCGUCGACGAUUAUGUCAUAUCUAUCGCUUAAAAUUUUAUUCUUAUAUUUAUACAUGAUUUCCCCAAGCUUCUCUCGUUCUCAGAAACUCUUCUUCAGUGCAGAUGAUAUCAAGGGAAGGGGAUCUUUGUUCACUAGACAAUGUAGGAUGAAUGGCAGUAGUAACAUUUCAUUUAGUGUUAAAAAAUCCUGUAGACGUCAUUCUACUUAUGCACAAUUAAUUGUCAAAGAUAAUAUAGGUAAUAUUUGUGGCGAUGAUGUACCGACUUGUUUUAAAGAGGUUUCUUUUACAUCAAGUACGUCACAGAAUCAUAAAGACAAUGCAACAGAUUUUAUGACCACAGUGGACUCCGUGAGUUAUUCUGUCUCUACAUCCAAUAUAACUACGAUGGACAUUGGGAUUUCUCUAGCAUCCAUUAAGACAACUCAUCGGAAGACUCUGUCGUCGACCUAUACGUCAAAUCAAACAGAUUUAUCAGAAAACCACACCGAUUUUACCACACCGAAUACUUCAACCCCGUCAUGUUGUGAAUUAAGCAAAACAAUUCAUCCCUCGCGAAGCAACAGAAAAAUAAGUAAGACAGAUAUGGACAUACCUCUGGCAGUCACUGUAUCUAUAUCUGUGUUGGUCGUGUCCGCCAUGUUGUUCCUGAUCGGCAGAUUAUUGUACAAAACAAGACAUGUAACAAAAACAGAUCCCUCCAUCGCUUCGUUUGACAUUGUUAACCCAAGUGAUGGGGUCCUUGAAGAUCCGAGUGGAUUCUUAAGGGAAACAUACAUCCACAUUCGGAAGGUCUCGGAAUCAAAUACUGACGAAAGUCCUGUAUCAUCACCACGUGAUCAUAAUCAGGAUUCGUACCCUGAAAUGGGGAUGUCGGCGGUAAAUUCCCGCCAACAUUAUGGAGAAUUUUCUACAUUUACUGGCAACAGGAACUCAUACGAGGAUUUCCCUCAUAGGUACACUGCCCAUAACGACAGAGGGGAUAUGUCGAAACCUAGAAAACAAUUAUAAAUCACUUCCAAAUUUAUGAAAUUGU